CAUCUUCGCGUUCCGCCGUUUCGCGUGUGUCCACCACCCCAAAAAUCCGCCAAGCAAAGCAAAAAAAAAGCCAAGGUAAAAUUAGGCCAGCGCGUUUUUCGGAUCGAUAGUGCGGAACAAUAAUGCUCACGGAAGGCACCGCGACCCGGGUGAACAGCACGUUCAUCUCGGAGAAGGUUUCCCGCAUCCGGUGGAUUCCGGAACAGUACGACGAGUCGAGCAACUUCAUCACGACCAGCUGGGACCUGGACGUGAACAACGUGAAGCUGUGGAAGCUGGUGCGGAACGAUUACGGAGGGGGGCUGGACGAGGAGGACGAGAACGAGUUUGUGCCGCGCUGCACGGCGGAGAUCUGCUUCACGGGGGACAUUAGCGGGUUGGAGUUUGUGGGGGAGGGGCACUGUGUGGUGUCUAAUACGGAGGGAUUCGUCAGUUUGAUUGCGUUGGAUAGGGAGCGGGACGAGGACCAGCUGCAGGAGCGUUUCCGGUUUGAGAAUCUGCACCGGUUCGAUACGUUUAGCACGCUGAACGGGGCGCCCUGUACGGCGCUUUCCGUGCACGACACGGACGUGGCCACGGUUGGGGAGGACGGUCGGUUGAACGUGCUGUCGACGGUGGGGCAGAAGGUGCUGCGGAGCAUUUCCGGUGCGGACAGUUGCACGAUUAGCUGUGUGGCGUUUUUGAACCCGAAGGAGGUGCUCACGGGGAACCGGCUGGGCAUCAUCAAGUGCUUCGACAUUCGUGCCGAGAGCCAGAAGCCGACCGGGAGCUUUGCGGUGUCCUGCGAGGACGAGAAGCGGUCCAACAGUGUCACGUGCCUGGCGUAUCAUCCGACGCAGCGGCAUAUCAUUCUGGCCGGCAGCGAGGAGGGCUCCAUCACGGUGUGGGACCUGCGUCAGCCCCAGUUCCCAGCGUCCUACCUGAAAGCGCACGAGCACGCCAUCACGGAGUUGGCCUUCCACCGGACGCAACCCUCGCGACUCUUUUCCGCCUCGGAAGGGGGCGAGUUGUGGCAGUGGAACCAGAACACGCUUCCGAGUGCGGCCUCCGCGACCGGAUUCAUGCACGACACGAGUUCGGUGAUGGCCGCCGCAUCGGAUACGAACAAUCCGUGGCUGAACGGGGAGCGGGCCAAGAGCAAAAUUGCCGUCACGUCGCUGCUGAGCGGAAUCCGGAAGGCCAUCAACUCGUUCGAUUCGUGCCGGUCCAAGGUCAUUUGCGGCGGGGACAACGAGGCCAUCUACUUGGUGGAGAAUGUUGUUUAAAACGAGAGGGUUCCUUGAAAUUGUUUAUUACGCUUUCAAACGUCUUUUUUCACAUGCACAAUAAAGUUUUCUGAAAUUA